UCUGUGGGGUCUUUUGUGUUAAUCCAGUAACAGCAUGACGACCACCUGCUCUAAAUAAAGACUGCAUUCUAAUUCACAGACACUCACUAUAGAGCUUCCUACUACAUUUUUGAGCUGUUGUGUAUUUUGUAAGCUGUUAGUCUUGUUUGGGGAUUUAAACAUUAUUUUAUUACAGUAAUAAAGCUGAGUUCCAUGACGCUGCCGCUAGGCGGCGCCAAAGCGCCCCGAACAGGCAGCCAGCAGGCAGAACAACAGCGCGGUGAAAUUCCACAAUGGAAACCUUAAGUCUCUCUCGAUGGGAAUUUAGAUGAAAAUAAAAUGCUGAAAUAAUUCUACACAGAUCUUUUAUUCCUCACAAGAGCGUGGAGGAUGGAAACACGGCCUCUGGAGCCCAAACCGCAGGAUCAGACUGCAGCAAAAUGUCUUGCAGUAGCAUUGACCUCAUGACGCGUGAUCCCCUACCUGUCGCCAUACACCUGCUGGCCAACCCGGGUGACUCUCUCCUCCUUCAGCACACACUCGAUCGCCUGCUUGAUUGGGUGUGUCCUGGCUUGCGCCUCUUCCAUGUGUCCGAACGCGCUUGCCCGGUACGCGAGUACACCCGUGCUCACUUGUGCCCGCCAACCAGCUACCCAUCUCUAGCUGUCACCUUUUUCCUGCACGAGUCCUAUGGUGAAGAACGCAUCCUCAGGGUCCUUGACUUCCUCCAGCGCCCACCCUGGCAGUACCACCACACUGAGAAUGGCCACGCGAGUUCUGACGCCAUGCUCCGACCAUACAUGCUGCCUGGAAGAGAUUUCUACAGUCUCGGCCCUGGCAUGCCAGUGUGGGCUGUGCGUCCGGUGCACUGCGGAGGUGAAGUGCUGCGUGUGACUCUACACAGUGGGCAUGAGAUCUUCGAUGAUGCUGUGAGACUUUAUGAGACCGUGCUGCGUUUGAGAGCUGAGGAGCAGAAAGCUGGGUUUUGUUGGUUUACCUUGCUGAAAGAGAGGACUUUCAGUCUGCAGCUAGCACUCAAGCAGUUGGCACCUGGCGUGAGGGUGGAGACGUGCCACUCUUCUGUGCUGCAGUUCAGGGUGGGUGAGAUCGGCCAGCUUGUGCCCCUACUGCCCAACCCGUGCUCACCUAUCAGUGCCACUCGCUGGCAGACGGAGGAUCUGGACGGUAGCAAGAUCCUCUUUCAGGUCAAAGGAGGAACUCAGCCGCAGAGGCUCUUCACGUCCGCUUUUCCCCUAAGCUGCCCUGCUCUUCCUUCUAGAUCGCUGUUAAAGUGUCCUGUUCCAAUCUCAGCCUCAUCGGGCACCAGGCUGUGCCAGUAUAAAGAGCGUGGUCUGGGUAGUGCUGCUGGAUCGCACAGAUUGGCAGGAGGUGCCACGGAGAGCUUUGGGUCCAGCAGUGCUUGCAGUACUCCUCCUGGCAGCUCCUGCUACUCAUCCCAGUGCAGCAGCCCUGCGCUUUUAUCCAUCAAUCCCUUUGAGUCAGUUGUGCCCUCUGGUGCAUCUGCUUCUCACCACGUACUGGAGGAGGAGGAGAAGGAGGAAGAGAAUGAACCAGAGACAAACGUAGACACAGGCUGUGCUGUCAAUAUACAGAGACCUGCUCUGGACACACUAGCAAGAGAUCUGAGACGCUGCCUACCAGAGGUCCAGAGAGUGUGGGCUGGAUCAGAAGGACAGAGACUUUCAGACCACGUGGCAGCACAGAGUCUCAUUCAGGAGCAAAAACAAGUGGAUGAGUUUUUUAUCUGAGUCUUUGUCUCACAUUGUAAUGUAAUUAAUUAGGGCUGUAACAAGCUGGUACUGAGUCUCCAUAUUACAGAGAGCCGGGUUUGUUCAGCAUGAAACUAGUUCUGCUUUAUGCUGCAUCCCAAUUUGUCUUCAUAUUCCAUGCACAAAACGUAUGCACACAUUUUUAGUGAAGAAACAGGAUGUAUUUGGGACACAGACACGUCACGGAACGGAAGAAAACGUUAAACUAUAUAACUUAAUAUCCCUUGAUUUCUAAAAAUGACUGGAGACGCAUCACAGACGUUACACCAGUCGCCAUAUUGUAAAUAUGAUCCGAACUGUCCACAGAAAACCUACUGCAAACACUAGACUGUCUGAGCGUCUUGGGAUACCUGUAUUAGUCGUACCGUAGUUUGGGACACACUAAAUCUAAUCUCGGGUGCAUAGCAGGCAAACUGGGAUCUAGCAUGUCACUAUCAGCUCUCACAGACUCACAGUAGAUCAGAAAAGAAUCAAAAUGAGUUACUGUCUAUAACCAAGACCGAGAUAUUAUAUCUAAAAGGGAUAAAGUGGCGUCCCUGGAUUUUAUAAACAUGAUAUAAUUAUAAUCACGAUAUAAUUAAUGGAGUCAGGAUGUUUUGGCAUGUGGAGUCUGUCCAGUUUAGAAGGAUGCGGUCUGAUCCUGCUUCAUUAUACUCAGAGACGAAAGAGCUCCAAAUAUUUACAGAGAGCGUUUUAGGAACCGGUCACAAAAAGGUUCGGCCAUUUGUCCUGCAUGAACGUCUGCGUUCUGUCGCGAAGGAUAGCGUUGACCGGUCAGUAUCAUAAUCUCUUUAUAUGGUCAAAGCAAAGGAAGAGUGAAGAUCAGGAAAUAAGCAGGAAUUAAUCCCAAUUAUAAUCAUAGACAUAAGAGUCUGAAGGUUUAGAGGCUGAAAGUUUGGUGAUUUCUGCUUAAAGUCACCUCUUAAAGCAACUUUACUUCACUGUAAAAUUCUUUCUUUCAGCAGGGAAAUCAACAGAUCGUACAGUUCUUGAUUUAAAUAGAGACAUAAAAAACAAGCUUAUGGUGUAAUUAGAAUCACUAAAAGAUCCUUACAUCUGAUAUUAUUUUAAUCACACAAUCCAGAACAUUCUCUAAAGUCACUUCAGCUCACAGGAAGGAAUAAAACACGUCGAGGGAUUCCGGUACAGGAAAAUAAUCAGAGAUGGGAUUCGACCCGACGGGAAAAAAAAGGGAAAUUACAGUUUACAUCCUUUUUAUUCUUUAUCCAUUAAUAGUUACAUUUAAUCUCGUGAAACACGUGUUAUUGCUGGUAAUCACAGAGAUAAACGAGUCAUUACCUCACCAGCUAUUACUUCAUUAACAACUCACUGAAACGAACUAAACAAAUAAAUCGUCCUCGUCUAAAAGUGACUCUGGAAAGAAAAACCUGAGAAUCUUUUGUAGAAAUAUUAAAUCUCUCUUUUCUCUCUUGUGUUACUUUCUUAAAUAAAUAGCGUAAAAUUCUCUAUUAUUAGGCUUUAGAGAUUAUGUGGAGUUUCCCUGUGAAAUAGUUGGUGUAGUUGGUGAAGCAGCUACGCUGUGAACCGAAUAAAUCUGUUGUUUGGUGUUUUA